AUGGUCGAGUUCACGGCUCACGAGGAUGUUGACCUGACGGAUUACCGUGUGCUACGAGCAUCUGGGGUUCAUGGAACGCUUGGUCUGAUCAACAUCAACGCCGAUGUUUUUCUUUGUGUCAUCAGCGGAGCUGUUCGUGUGGCUACAGUGAGACCUGAUGAGACUGUUCAGAGAAUACUCUCUGUCGACUUCUAUUGCCUGAACAGAGACGAUUUUGAUUACGAGCUUCAUCAAGAGGUUGACCCGUACUAUGUAGACCAUGGGCCGCCUCACAGGCACGAGCACACAAACGUGGUAGAUCCGCAUGAUGCGGCCCUGGAGCAUCCCUGCUCCGAACUGAAGAAGAUCCUAAGCGGCGGGACUUUUUACUAUAGCUUGACUUUCGACUUGACCAACCGGCUCCAACAUAGAUUGUCGGAGCAGUCAGCAUUUGAUAUCGAUAAUCUAGAUGACGGUUUUCUCUGGAACUCCUAUAUGAUAGAUCCUCUCAUCAAGUUUCGUUCCCGACUGGCAGCAAAUGAGAAAGAACUUCUUGACUCCUCUCGAAUACUGACGUCCGCUAUCCGAGGAUUUGUUUCCACAAUCACCGUCCCGUCCUCUUCUUCGCCAAUUAAGGGCCUGAGGACUAAUUUACCUUCAACUUUAACCUUGAUAUCAAGACUGUCCUGUAGGCGUGCAGGGACAAGGUUCAAUUCUCGAGGCAUAGACGACGAUGGGAACGUGGCAAACUUCGUAGAAACGGAGACCGUUUUCUACCAUCCUUCCAGCCUGUGUUUCUCUUACGCCCAGAUAAGGGGCUCUAUACCCAUUUUCUGGGAGCAGGCUACCGGUCUGCUUCCAGGACAGCAGAAAAUUCAGAUUACUAGAUCUCCUGAAGCUACGCAACCAGCUUUUGAUAAGCAUUUUGAGUCUCUGGGAGCUGACUAUGGCUCAAUUCACAUCCUCAAUCUCUUGAGUGAGUCAAAACCCGGAGAGGCAGAGUUAACAGCAAGAUACAAUUAUCAUGUGCUGCAUAGCCCGUUAAAUCAAACGGUCGACGUUGGUGGGACGUCGGAAAAUCGUCUUAUUGAGUCGCAAUUCGAUUUCCAUGCCGAGACAAGAGGACCAGGAGGAUAUGAAGCUGCAACCAUGGUCAAACGGCUCAUUCAGGACCGUGCGGACGGAUUUGUGUAUUUUCUGUGUGAAGAUGUGGACUCGUCGUCUCAACGAUCGCUGUAUGACGAGAAGGCUGCACAAGUGGGAGAGGUAGUGAUACUUCAACAGGAAGGCAUCUUUCGCACAAACUGCCUGGAUUGCCUAGACCGGACUAACCUCAUUCAAACUAUUAUUAGCCAAAUGGCUCUAGAGCAGUUUCUACAGCAUCGCAAUGAGCAUACUGCAACCGACUUCUGGGUAAGGCAUUCUAGCCUCUGGGCAGACAAUGGAGAUGCAUUAUCUAAGAUAUACGCCGGCACUGGGGCUUUGAAAUCCUCCUUUACCCGACAUGGGAAGAUGUCAUUGGCUGGCGCCAUAGCUGAUGCCCGUAAAAGUGCCACCAGAAUGUACAUCAAUAAUUUCGCAGACAAGGGAAGGCAGAAUACUAUUGACAUGCUAUUGGGACGCUUGAUGGACCAGUCGUCUGUUCAUUUGUAUGAUCCCGUCACCGACUUUGUAAGCGCGGAGCUCAAGAGGAGGUUCAACGAGUACUCCACACCUGACACGGUGCAAAUUUGGGUUGGAACGUUCAAUCUGAACGGUCGCGGCAGUGGCGUCAAGGAAGAUCUUACAGCCUGGCUGUGGCCUGAUAUCAAUCAAUUGCAUCAGCACCCUGGCAUUGUUGCUGUUGGCUUCCAAGAAAUUGUAGAGCUUAGCCCGCAACAGAUCAUGUCUACUGAUCCAGUGAGGCGCCAGGCAUGGGAAAACGCUGUGAGACGAACAUUGAACGACAGUGCUCGCAAGCACUCGUCGGAGGAGUACAUCCUAUUACGCAGCGGACAGCUCGUGGGAGCAGCACUCAUGAUCUUUGUGAAAGCUGGUAUCCUUAAAAAAAUCAAAAAUGUCGAAGGCAGCGUGAAGAAGACUGGCAUGUCUGGCAUGGCCGGAAACAAAGGGGCGGUGGCCAUACGAUUGGACUAUGCGAGUACCCGCAUCUGUUUCGUAACUGCCCACCUGGCUGCUGGUUUUGCUAACUACGAAGAACGCAAUCGUGACUAUCGUACAAUCAGCACUGGCCUUCGCUUCCAACGGAAUCGAUCCAUUGAAGACCAUGAUGCAAUCAUAUGGUUGGGAGACUUCAACUACCGAGUAGGCCUGAGCGAUGAUAAAGCACGGCAGCUGAUCAAAGCAGGCGAUCUUGAUACAUUGUAUCAGAACGAUCAGUUGAACUUACAGAUGGUCGCCGGGCAUACAUUUCCCUUUUAUUCCGAGUCGAGAAUUACCUUCAUGCCAACGUAUAAAUACAACAACGGCUCAGAUGAUUACGAUACCUCAGAAAAGGCGAGAAUACCUGCGUGGUGUGAUCGGAUACUUCGAAAAGGAGAGAUUCUGAAGCAGAUAAAUUAUACAACAGCGCCACUCCGUUUCUCUGAUCACAGGCCCGUCUACGGAACUUUCCAAUGCGCUGUGAGUGCCGUCGACGAGGUCCGAAAAGAGACUCUGAGUCGAGAGAUCUACGCGAAACGGAGGUCGGAAGUUGGGGACACCACUGCUAAUGCUAGAAAUGAUGACAUCGAGGACGAGGACAUAAUUGGUUAUGAGUCAAUAGCUCCCGAACUUCCUCCAGCUAGUUCGGAUCGUCGCAAGUGGUGGUUGGACAAUGGGCUUCCAGCUAGAUCGAACCUCAAGGCCCCAGACGAGACAUCUGUGCUUAACGUGCACAGACCUCAGAACCCUUUCACUCUCACCGACGAACCAGACUGGAAAGCGAGUAAGACGACACCUGGAGGAAGCCAUGCCCUCAAAUACAACGAACUCAAACAUCCGAACUCUCACAGACUUUCGCCAAUUCCUGAUGGGAGUCAACCUUUGCCGCUUGACACCGAUCCCGAUCCACUGAGGGAAGAAGUCGCUCUUCGUGGACCGAAUUCGAGGAGUUCCAGCCAGUCGUCAUUAGUGUUAAUGUCGUCGAAUGUAGCACACAAAGCGGCUCCACCAAUCCCAAAGAAACCUGCUCUGCUUAGCAAUCGGCAGCACAGUCAAGAAAGCAGGAACAAUGGACAAAGAAAGUCUACGUCAUCAAGGCCUCCGGCAGGAGCACUAACAGCAUUUGGUGGUGGUGCUAAAACAACUUUCCCUCCACCUCCGCAACGGACCAAGCCGCAGGGAAUUUACGGGCAGCAGGCAGCAGAGUCUGAUGGACCUCCUCUCCCACCAAGAAGCACCGGUGCUAUCGUUUCAGUUCGGAAUGGACUGAUGGAUGAUGACAACGAAGGUGCAAGCGCAAUACCGUCAUUGCAGCCGAUGCGCCGUCAACAAUGA